AUGAACCAAACGCUUUCUGCUUUACCGUUAUCAUUCAAGGCAGAAACCCACAACGAUGACAUCCUUCAACAAAUUACUCGUUUCGUCGAUUCUGGAUGGCCCUCCAAACAGUCGACUAUCGUCAACAGUGAAAUCCAGAAAUUUUAUCGGCGACGCGAUGGUCUUUCCAUGGCUGCUGGUUGCCUAAUGUAUGGUGAACGGCUAGUAAUCCCCGCCAAAUUCCAAAAGCAAGUGUUGCAGCAGCUGCUCAAAAGGCAUCCAGAAAUCGAGCGAAUGCGGUCCAUCGCUCGCCAGUACGUCUACUGGCCUCUAAUUGACGAGGACAUCUCCAAGCUUGUACGGGCCUGCAGCGAAUGUGCCAGUGUCGCUAAAACAGAACGCAAAGUAAAUCUUGAAUCCUGGCCGACACCAGAAAAAUCUUGGCAGCGGGUGCAUGUGGACUAUGCCGGUCCCCUAGAUGGUAACCACUGUCUGAUUAUCGUCAAUUCGUUCUCCAAUUGGCCAGUAGUUAUCCGGACGCAAGCUAUUACGUCCAUUGCUACCAUGCGAAUGCUUCGAGGAGUUUUCGCAAGAUUCGGAGCGCCAGAAACCUUGGUCUCAGACAAUGGCACCCAGUUCACCAGCGAGCAGUUCCAACGAUUUUGCGAAACGAAUUCCAUCACCUAUCUAAGAACUGCACCGUUUCAUCCCCAAUCGAACGGCCUUGCUAAAAAGUUCGUCGAUACUUUCAAGAGGUCCCUCAAGAAAAUCAGCGCAGGGGGAAUGAUGAUGAUAGAUGAAGCCAUCGACACAUUUGCUCUGCUAUCGGUCGACACCCUGUCGCAGCGCACCUGGUGGGAAAUCUCCGGCAGAACUGUUUUCCCGAACGAAAGUGGCCAAGACGAGCAGUUCAACCGGAAACACGGUGCCAAGCCGAGAAGUUAUGUACCACAAGACCUCGUUUGGGCUAAAGUAUUCCGGAACAACAAAUACUCUUGGGAACCGGGCCAUGUUCUCGAGCGUAUAGGAAAAGUGAUGUACAACAUUUGGUUGCCAGGCCUAGCUAUUUUGAUCCGUUCCCAUUGCAACCAACUACGCACCAGGCAUGAAGCGGAAGGCCAGCAAUCAACUUCUUCUGAAUCCCAACUACCGCAAGUUCCUCUGAACAUUCUGCUAGAUAGCUGGGGGCUUGGUAACAGCAAUCCUUCAUCGGAACACGUCGCGGCAUCAGCUUGGAGUCGGCCACAAGAACUCCUGACGGAUUUGCAGCCGCAGCCUCCGCCACGCUGCCACCGUUCUACCCUUAGACGUGAUCAACCAACGGAUUCUCUUCGCACAUCUUCGCAAGCUCGAAGGCAGCCUGUGAGGUACGAGCCGUAUCAUCUCUACUAA